AUGUGUAAGUCUUCAACCACUGUUACAACUUCAUCAACAACAACCAAAGGAACAGCAGCCACAGAAAAGCCCAGUACCAAAGCUCCCACAACUACUGAAAAACCAACAGUGACAGAAAGUCCCACUACUACAACCACAAUCACAGAAAAAUCCACCACAGCACCCACAGAAAAGACUACUACUUCAGCGACAACAGGAAAACCUAUCACCACCACAACAACCCAGUCAACAGCAGUCACAGAAAAGCCCAGUACCAAAUCCCCCACAACCACUGAAAAACCAACAGUGACAGAAAGUCCCACUACUACAACCACAAUCACAGAAAAAUCCACCACAGCACCCACAGAAAAGACUACUACUUCAGCGACAACAGGAAAACCUAUCACCACCACAAAAACACAAUCAACAGCAGCCACAGAAAAGACUACUACUUCAGCAACAACAGAAAAACCCAUCACCACAACUCCCAAAUCAACAGCAACCACAGAAAAGCCUUCCACUGUCAUAUUAACCACAACAAAACCCAGCACAACAUCCACUAAUUGCUUUGUUUGUAAGUGGUCAGACUGGACAAGUAAUGGUUACCCUGACACUAACCCAGAUGGUGGAGAGUAUGAAACCUUAGACAAAAUUACCGAUCCAGAUCUAAAUACUUGCAGUAGACCAUUGGAAAUAGAAUGUAGAGCAACACAAUACAAAGACGUACCUUUGAAUGAACUAGAUCAGAAAGUAACAUGCAAUCCAGUAGAUGGACUGAUCUGUCAUAACAAAGAUCAAAGUGUACCUUUUACUUGUUUUGACUAUGAAAUACGAGUCAAAUGUUGCAUCAAUAUGUGUAAGUCUUCAACCACUGUUACAACUUCAUCAACAACAACCAAAGGAAGGUCCACAACAACCUCUGUAAUUACUACAGAAAAAGGCAGCACAAGUUCUGCCACAAUCACAGAAAAUCCCACAACAACCACAGUCACAACAAAACCCACCACUACCAUACCAGCCACAGAAAAAACCACCUCAACAACCAUGGCAACACCAACCAUAACUACCGAGAAGAUCACUACAGCCACAGUUAAGUCUACCCCUGCAGUAACAACGGAAAAGCCUACUGUUGAAACUCCAACUGUAACACCUUCAACUCCUCCAUCUUCAACAUCUCGCCAAACAACCUUAUGUUUCUGCAAGUACAUGGAUCACAUUUUCUCUCCUGGUAGCUUCAUAUACAAUAAAACUGAUGGAGAAGGCUGGUGUUUCACUGCAUACUGCAAUUUAACAUGCAGCAUCGAGAAGCUUGCUAGACCAUGUCACUCCACCACUCCACCAGUACCUAGCACCACCAUGUCAAGUUCUGGCACUACAACACAACCUGGCUCAACAACAGUCAGUACAAUAACAGGAUCAACAGCAACGCCUUUCAAAAACUGUUCAUAUCUAAAGCCACCUCGAAAGGAUGGUGAGUCCUGGAAGCUACACAACUGCACCACGGAAACAUGUGACAAUGGCAGAGUAAUCACAGAACAUGUACCAUGUAAACCAGUGACCAUGCCUGUGUGUGAAAAUGGGUUUGAACCAGUUAGGGUCUAUGAUGAAGAAGGCUGCUGUUUUCACUAUGACUGCAAAUGUGUUUGCAGUGGCUGGGGAGAUCCUCAUUAUGUGACCUUUGAUGGCCAAUAUUACAGCUUCCAGAAAAACUGCACAUACGUCCUGGUCAAAGAGAUCAUUCCCAAAUAUAAUUUUAAGAUUCUUAUCGACAAUGAGAACUGCGAUGCCUCUGGAGCUGUGACCUGUACUAAAGCCUUGAUCGUGUAUUACAAAGACUAUGAAAUUAUUCUAACACAGAAGAGAAUCCCAAAGACCGUAAACACGGUGUACAUCAACGGCAAGCAGGUAUUCCCAACCUACUCUAAUGAGGACUUCAUCAUCACAAGUACAACAGUUAAGCUGGUUUUGAAAAUCCCAGCAAUUGAAGCAGUUGUGCUAUUCAAAGGGCUUUCAUUCAGCGUUGACUUGCCAUUUUCUCUUUUCCACAACAACACUGAGGGACAGUGUGGUACCUGUGACAAUAACAGGAAAAAUGACUGCAGAUUACCAAAUGGCCAGAUUCAUCCAUCAUGCUCUGUGAUGGGACAUCACUGGUAUGUGCCUGACAAGAAAAAGCCCUAUUGUGAGAAGCCACCUCCUACACCAAUACCAACACCAAGACCUACACAAACACCCUGCAAACCUGCUAUCUGUGAAAUUUUGAAGAGCAAGGUGUUUGAGAAAUGCCACAAAGUAAUCCCACCACAACCCUUUUAUGAGGCCUGUAAAUUUGACGUUUGCCACAUGCCAAAUUCCACCGUGGGUUGUUCCAGUCUGGAGGCUUAUGCUACAAUGUGUGCUGAUGCAUCUGUCUGUGUAGCCUGGAGGAAUGCUACGAAAGGACAGUGUGAAUAUAAAUGUCCAGAAAAUAAAGUCUACAAGCCUUGUGGACCAACUGUUGUACCAACUUGCAAUGCAAGAUACAAUGAGAAGUAUGUACAACCAUACCGGGGGAGAAGGCCAACCAGAUCACAGAAUAAUCGUUUUGUUGAGGGAUGCUUCUGCCCAGAGGGGAUGACUUUGUUCAGUUCAAAGUCUAACAUCUGUGUUGCCUCCUGUUGCACUGGACCUGAUGGCCAACCUAAACAGCCUGGAGAGACUUGGCAGAGUGGAUGUCAGCAGUGUAAUUGUGAUGAGGAUGGUGUUCAGUGUGAGCCUCGUACAUGUCCCACUCAAAAACCUGUUACCUGUACUGAGGAAGGUGAGGUGCUGGUGAACCGCACAGUGGACUGCUGUGAGACACUGACAUGUGAAUGUAAUAAGAGUCGCUGUUCCUUGCCAUCACAGAAGUGUGAUCUGGGAUUUGAGCUGAAGAUCUACAUGUCCAAUGAUCGUUGCUGCCCUACUUACCGCUGUGUACCCAAAGACGUCUGUGUCUUCAAUGAUACUGAGUACAAGCCCGGUAUGGAGUUCUCCAAAAACCUAUGUGAAAUAUGCCACUGUACUGACUCUAAGGAUCCUAACAGCAAGUUGAACGAGAUUGCAUGUUAUGUGAUCGAGUGUCUCUUCGUGUGUCCUGAGAGCCAUGUGUAUAAACCCCAACCUGGACAGUGUUGUGGGUCAUGUAUACCUACAAGCUGUGUUUUGGAGAUCCCAGGCUCAACUCCGAUAAUUAUUCCUGUAAGUACAGUGUAA